AUGUCGAUCGCGACUCAACAUCAAGUUUGUGCUUGGGUGGAAAAACCAGGGCCUGAUGCGAAGAUCGAGCGCCGGGAUAUAGCAGUUCCUUCACCCGGCCCAGGGGACGUUCUUGUUAAGCUAGAGGUGACCGGAGUAUGUCACUCAGAUCACCAUUCCAUCUAUGGCAAUACGCCAAUGAGUACUCACAUUGCCGGCCAUGAGGGUGUAGGAAGGGUUAUAAAGAGUAUGAGCAACCAACCCGUUUUUCUUCGGCCAAGACUAACUCGUAUGCAACAGCUGGACCACAGGUUUCUGAAACACUCAUCAACACCCGGGUGGGCAUAUCGUGAGUCUCAAUCUUGA